AUGCAAGUCACAACUCUAUUUACGAUACUUGCGGCUGUUUCCGGCGUCGCGCAUGCUGUUGCUGUGCCACGCGGUGAACAACACAUCGACGGCGGAGGCUCUUGGGCAUUGAAGAGAGGCGAACAGCAAGCUGACGGAGGUGGCUCCUGGGGAAACAAACGAAGCGAGCAACAAGCCGACCGAGGUGGCUCCUGGGCGAAGAGAAGCGAACAGGAAGCUGACCGAGGUGGUUCCUGGGCGUAA